GGGCGGGGGACCGACCGCCGCGCAACUCGGGCCGCCGCGCGCAGACAGCGGGCCCGGCUCCCGAGGGCGCCGGCGCGGCCCCGGGGAGCACGAGGAGCCGGCGAGCGCGCGGCCUGCCGUUGGCGGCCUGGUCCGCGGCGCUCAGCACCCACCCGCCCCGGAGGUGGGGCCCAAGCCCCCGGGAAGAUGGUGUCCUGGAUGAUCUCCAGAGCCGUAGUGCUGGUGUUUGGAAUGCUUUAUCCUGCGUAUUAUUCAUACAAAACUGUGAAAACAAAAAACGUGAAGGAAUAUGUUCGAUGGAUGAUGUACUGGAUUGUUUUUGCUCUCUAUACUGUCAUUGAAACAGUAGCAGAUCAAACAGUUGCUUGGUUUCCCCUGUACUAUGAGCUGAAGAUUGCUUUUGUCAUAUGGCUGCUCUGUCCCUAUACCAAAGGAGCCAGUUUAAUUUAUAGAAAAUUCCUUCAUCCACUUCUUUCUUCAAAGGAAAGGGAGAUUGAUGAAUACAUUGUACAAGCAAAGGAAAGGGGCUACGAGACCGUGGUAAACUUUGGACGGCAAGGGUUAAACUUAGCAGCUACUGCUGCUGUCACCGCAGCAGUGAAGAGCCAAGGAGCAAUCACUGAGCGUUUAAGAAGUUUCAGUAUGCAUGAUUUAACAGCCAUCCAAGGUGAUGAGCCAGUGGGACAAAGACCACAUCAACCUCUACCAGAAGGAAAAAGGAAAAGUAAACCAGCCCUUGGUGAAUCAGCAGGUUAUGGAAUUGCAUUGAAAGACGGAGAUGAGAAAACAGAUGAAGAAGCGGAUGGGCCGUAUUCAGAUGAUGAAAUGUUAACACACAAAGGGCUUCGAAGAUCGCAAAGCAUGAAAUCUGUGAAAACCAUCAAAGGCCGCAAAGAGGUACGGUAUGGAUCACUAAAAUAUAAAGUGAAGAAGAGACCACAAGUAUAUUUUUAGUCAUCUACACUUCAGAAAUCCCAAGACAAAUUUUGUAAAUACAUUGACUUCAUUUUCUGACAUGAUAUAUUUGGGAUUUACCACAUUAAAAUAAUUCUUUAAAUUAUG